GGACGAUAUUGAUCUGAACCCAGACUACAUGCCCAGACCAGCCGACACUGUACUUCCACGUACGGCACCAUCUCCAUGCAGUCCGUCCGUACAAGACGUGCACAUAGCUACGCCUAGCAUGCAACAGUGCAAUGGUAAACCGGGUAAACAUUACCAGCCGCGGUUUUGUUCAUCCGGCUGAGAGCUGGCUAGCCACGUCUACGCUUGUCGCCGGAAAGACUUGAAGUAGUCUCUAUCGUCUUUGCCUCUCGCCAUGACUCACACAACUUCGUAAAUUUCAUCUGUGAGCCUUCCCCUCUGCUAAGUUAGUCUAAUAACUAAGUUCGGUAAAGGAAGCUGAGUUCACCAUGGCAGUCCAUUGUGGCAGUGCUGUCAUGUUGGUGAUAGUCUUGGUUGCGGCAGUCUGGAUCCAUGCCUCCCACGCAGCCCUUAAGAACCCGGCGCCCAUUGGACCGGUGGGACCAGCGGCUGGUGCUGAUGCCAAAGCCGCCCAAGCUGACUGGACUGACUUCUGGCUGGUACGGCUGACCCUCAACAUCCUGGGCUAUGGCUCGGUUUGCCUGCCGGCCUGGCUGAUCAUCCGGUAUGUCAAGCGCUCUGGCUACCUCGAGCGGGGAGGUGAGAACGGCCAUAGUUGCAUGUUUAAGACCAUCCGUGUGUGUGUGGCUGGCAAUGAAGAGAAAGCAAGCAUCGAGGAAGGAGGGAUAAAAGGAAAGGUCCCAGAACCACCUAAGCAUAACCGAGCCUUGGUCCUUGUCUCCUGUGUGGUUGGUCUACAAGGAUCGUACCUCACCUGGGGUGUUCUCCAGGAGCGCAUCAUGAAACACGAAUACGGCAAAGAUGAGAGCAACCCCGGGGAGAAAUUUGCUAACUCGCAGUUCCUGGUCUUCAUGAACCGCAUUUUGGCCUUCACGGCGGCCGGCCUGAUCAUACUUGCCACCCGACAGCCCCGGCACACCGCUCCCCUCUACAGGUAUUCCUACUGCUCCCUGUCCAACGUCAUGAGCAGCUGGUGCCAGUACGAGGCCCUCAAGUUUGUCAGCUUCCCUACCCAGGUGCUGGCCAAGGCCUCCAAGAUCAUCCCCGUCAUGCUGAUGGGGAAGGUGGUCUCGGGCAAGUCGUUUGAAUACUUUGAGUACGUGACGGCCGCCAUGAUUUCGGCCGGCGUGACCAUGUUCCUCCUCUCUCAGGGUAAAGAGGCAACUGGGCCCACUACAGAGACGACCUUUUCGGGGGUGAUCAUCCUCAUCGGGUACAUGAUGUUUGACAGUUUCACCUCCAACUGGCAGGCGGAGCUGUACAAGCAGUACAACAUGUCCAGCAUGCAGAUGAUGUUUGGAGUGAAUCUCUUCAGCUGUGUCUUCACCAGCUGGUCGCUGGUGAGUCAAGGCGGCUUCACCUACGGGAUGGGGUUCAUGCUGAACUACCCCACCUUCAUGUUCCACGUGCUGCUGCUGUCGCUGUGCUCGGCCACGGGUCAGCUGUUCAUCUUCUACACCAUCUCGCAGUUUGGGGCGGUCGUCUUCGUCAUCAUCAUGACCACCCGGAGUGGGCUUGCCAUCUUCCUGUCCUGCCUCAUCUACGGACACCCCGUGACCGUUGUCGGUGUGCUCGGCGUGCUGAUCGUGUUUGCCGCUCUCUUCUUGAGAGUCUUCUUGCAACAGCGCAAGAAGGCACAGAAAGCACGUGAAGCGAAACAGACAGAGCUCAGCAACGGUAACAAGGUUUGAACCAAUCAAAAAGUUUACUCGUCUAAAUUAAUGGCUUUAGUUUUACUUUGGAACUCGGACAACAAUUUGUUGAGUCGCUUUGUUCCAGUUCACACUCAUAGCCUCUUUUGAGGUUGUACAUCUCGAGGCAGGCUAUGUACACUCACUGCCACCCAUUGGACUCUUGUAGUUUCGUGUCCAUGUCACGUCACCUUGAAAUCUCCAGAAAGUAGCCCAUUAUAUUGACAGGGAAUUGGGAAAAGGGAGUAAGUUUGUAUUACACAACGGCUGGUAUCUUGAAAUGACUUUUGAUUCUGUGGGCUACGGUCAACACUGCUCCUGAUUCAUUAAGCCUUCCUGACUUUAUGUUCAAAAUGUUUCAUCUCUGCUUGAACUGGUUAAUUCACAAUUGCUGGAUGAUUUGGCAUGGAAUGACCAACAGAUUUCUGUUGGACCUGUGGGCUACCUGUAGCACUAAAUGUGUUUUGUUGCACAUUUGAGCUAAUGAGUUAUGUAAGCACAUACGCCAUCCGUAUUCUGUACUUUGUCGAAAAUUACAAUGGAAUUUUUGGCGGGAGAUUUUUUUUUAUGCUAUAUUUUCCUCAUGUUCAAGGACAAAACUGAUGGUUGUAUGCAUGUUAAGUGUAAUUUGUGUAGAUGCUAUGCGUUGCUGGCUUCUAGGCUGUGUCUGUCAUUUUAAUUUAGUUAAAAUGAAUGUACUAAAGGUUUACUCGAUCCUAUGCCAGUGAUACUUAGCUCUUGGCCUUUGGGGACACCUAAAUGCAUAAUCUCUAUUGUAACUACUAAAGGUGACGAGUCAUUCACUGAAAACUGACUUGGAAUGAUGAGAUGAAGUAUGGCUUACUUUGUGAGGGGGAUGUAGCUGGUGUCCUUGUGGUGAAACGUUUUAAUGAUGCGGGUGAAUCAAAGGGCCGGUUUGUUCCGCACGGAUCUGGAUCUCGAUCAGUGAUCCCAAAGCUGGUUGGCUCAGCAUCAGAUCACUGAUCUCGAUCAAGAUCCGUGUGAAACAAACAGGCUCAAUAUGUGCCAUAUCCCAACCGAGAGCGCUGUGGGUGUCGGCAGGAACUUCAAGAUGUGUUUCCAGUAUCUUGGACUUUUUGAUAGGUGGAAAAUUGACUCUAUGGCCAGUAGUCAUUCAGAGGGGCAACUGUUUGAAAAGUUUGUUUUCCCUGAUUGAAGUACAAUAUUAGUAAGGUAGUAAAGGUGAUGACAGG